AUGAAGAUGGGUUUCUUCCCUGCACUGGUCUAUGUCAGCCUCCUCGCAUUUCUUCCAUCUGUUUACUCUCAGGAUUCAGUCAGCUAUGAUCUCGGCACAUACGGGACGAACGAUUCCAAAGGAACUCCUUCUCAGUCGUACAUGUCGAACACCUAUGUAAAACCCCCGCAGAUACAGGUUAACAAGGAUGAGUCCGGUUUGGCAGAUGGGUAUGUGUUCCUGGGCAUGGAUGGGAGACCGACAAGCGGGCAGAACUGGCCGACGAUAUACGGUAAUUGCAUCGACGACACGACGUCUUUUGCUGUGGUGCUGACCAUCUUGACAGACUUCUCUCAGGACAGGAUGGGCACACUUGUCUGGACCGGCAACUACACCGAGCCUUUCGACUUCAAGACACAAACCUACAAGGGCCAACCGGUACUUACUUCCUGUUCAGGCGAGCUCAAAGAUGGCUUUGGCCGUGGAUCGUACUUUAUUCUCAAUCAAUCGUAUGCCGAGAUUGCACAUUUCCAAGCAAACCGCUUUGGCGACGACAUGGGCGAUAUUCACGAGAUCACGAUAACAAGUGACAAUGUCGCUCUGAUCCCAAUAUACCGCGCAAUACCAUGGAACCUGAAAGAGAUUGGUUGUAUUGAGGAUGGCUGCCUAUUCGAGAACACGUUCCAGGAGAUUGAUAUUGAAAGCGGCGAGUUCGUUUUUGAGUGGAACGCAAGUACGCAUGUCGGCAUCAACGAGUCGUACAACUCUCUCCCUGAAGAUGUGGGCAGGGCUGAAAGCUCACCGUGGGACUACUUUCACAUCAACUCUAUCGAGAAGGACGCAAACGGCGAUCAUCUUGUCUCAGCGUGA